UUCUUUAGAAAAUAUUGUAAAAUAGUACACUUAACACACAGGCAGUUGCAAGAAAUGCAUCUACAAUCUAUGGUACGCUAUUUUCCGUAUGUAUUGGAGUAAGCCAAGAAAGUCAGAUAUAUCUAAUAUUGAACCACGGGUAAUAUGGGAGAAUGGUAUGAAUCGGUCCAAUUACAGCCAUUUGAGCACCAGGUCAGUGGACAAACUGGAAUCUUCCAGUUUGACGACUGGACUUUGUGUAAACCACUUAAUACCAAAGAAAAGGACUUCUACCUGACUUUGCCACAGAACCUCAAGCAAUUCACUGCAGAAUUCAGAGAAACAAUAGAGGGGAAGGUUUGUGAAAAUGGUAAAGGUUACUUGACGAUCCUUUAUCAUCGUUCUUUGCCGGAGUCACCUACUUGUGAGAACCUCAAGCUAAACCAAGAGAGAAAUGCUGAAAAAGAGGGUCAACGCAGUUUGCAACUUGUUAUGAAUGGUGAAAAUGGAAUGAAUAGUCAAGCAGCGCAAAAUCCAGACUCUAUCUAUGAGCUAAGACCAGAAAAUCUCAACCCUUGGAUUUCACGUUGUCAUGGAAAGAUGCUGAAAAAACUGAGGAAGGUUAAUCAGAGCCCCGCCUUUCAUUGUAAGUUUAUAUUGUUAGAGAAUUUGGCAGCAAAAUACAGUCACCCAAGCAUUAUAGAUCUUAAGAUGGGAACCAUGCAACAUGGAGAUGAUUUCUCCCCGGAGAAGAAGGAGAAGGCUAUUAGGAAAUGUCAGAACACAACCUCCAGCAGCCUUGGGGUCAGGGUGUGUGGGAUGAAGGUUUACCAAGAAGACAGCGAUAAAUAUAUUUGUGUAAAUAAGUACUAUGGGAGAAGUUUGGGGGUUGAUGGCUUUAAACAGACCUUACAACAGUUUCUUCACAAUGGGUAUGAACCCAGGAAAGACCUGCUGGACUCCAUCAUUAAAAAACUCAAAGACCUUCACGGACAAGUCCAGUCUUUGGACACGUAUCGUUUCUACUCUAGUUCUCUCCUCGUCAUGUACGACGUCCGUUCACAGGACAAGGACGUGGAGGAGGCCAGUGCCCAGUCUAACAUUGUGGACGUUCGGAUGAUCGAUUUUGCCCACAGCACCCAUAGUGGGUUUCAGAACGAUACCAGGGUUCACACCGGGCCUGACCAGGGCUAUCUGUAUGGACUGAAAAGCUUAAUUGAUGUUUUUACAAACAUGCGAUGAAUGUUAUUUUAGAAGAGCGCUGAUCACUC